GUCAAGUUACAACCAAAUUCCAAUGAAAUUCCAGUCUACCUCCUUGUUACAACUUUUCAUAAUAUCGAGUUGUAUAGUAUAUGGCAAAGUAACAAGCCAUGAGGUAACGUUUUACGUGCAAAAUAAAUGUUCAUUUCCGAUUUGGCCGGCCGUUGCCCCAAACUCCGGCCAUCCGGUGCUAGCCUCUGGUGGAUUUUAUCUGCCAUGCGGAGGUAUUAAACGCAUUGAUGCUCCUUUGGGUUGGAGUGGUCGCAUUUGGGCUAGAACAGGCUGUGACUUCACUUCAAACUCGAAACAAGCUUGUGAAACAGGUGAUUGUGAUGGACAUCUGGAGUGUAAUGGAUUAAUCGGAAAACCUCCGGCAACACUUAUUCAAAUUGCGGUACAAGCCGACAAAUCCAAACCUAAUUUCUACGAUGUAAGCCUCGUGGACGGUUAUAAUCUUCCCGUCGUAGUGAACUCGAAACCCGUAUCAUCCAAAUGCACCAUCUUAGGGUGCCAUAAAGAUCUCAAAACCACAUGUCCUGAAGAACUACAGGUUUUGAACGAAGAGGGACGAGUUGUGGCGUGCAAGAGUGCAUGUUUAGCGUUUGAUAACGACAGAUUUUGUUGCCGGAAUGCAUAUGGAACGCCGGAAAAGUGCAAAAGAAACACGUACUCUAUGUUGUUUAAAGAAGCUUGUCCCAACUAUUACAGUUAUGCCUACGAGACACCUCCUCCUUUGGUCACUUGCUCCGCCAAGGAAUAUCUUAUCACGUUUUGUCCAUCAAACUGGGGCCAUAGUUCCACGUAAAAAUUUUUAAAAAUACGAUACAAACUAUCUAUUUUGAUAUAUUUUGAUCAUUUACAAAUGAUGUUAUAUGUAUUAAAUUUGUUGUAAAUUAUGAGUUUAUUUUCUCAUGAACUUAUGAUUUGUAUAGUGGAUUCACAAAAAAAUUCUUUUAUUGGGCCUUAUUAUAGCCCAGAAUACGUGUCAAUGAUGUGAUAUGGAUCGGCAAUCAUUGGGGGCUUACCCUCCUUUUUGGUUAAGUAAAAAAUCAUUAUCUCUUGAAACUAUUGAAAUGCAUUUAGAACUAUUAUUGUGUAGAAUGACAAAAAAAGUGAUGCCUG